ACGAUCGAUCAUUUUCCCACUAAAAAAAGUUGGAUGUAAGAAGAAAGUGGAAGAAAGUGGCAUAUAACAACAAACCAAUUCCAAAGGCCAUGAAGACACGUCUCUUUUGUGGUUGUUUUUUAUCCAAUAAUAAAAUACAGCUUUUGGCGGUGGUUUGCAUGGUUGAGAACAAAGUGUAAACAAACAUCUGUCUCCAGAGGCCAUGGAGCAAGAUAGGAGGUUUCAACUCAUAGAUCUUGCAAUUCAGAAACAUAUUCACGACAAAAAAAGUGACAAUAAUAAUAAUAAUAAUCAUAAUCAUAACCUUAAAGACCACGAAACUGAAUACCAACUUGUUCUCUCCCAACUACUCUCUGCCUCCGAGUUGGAAUUGUCCAAAAAAGAUGAAACAGUUAAUCAAUAUGAUGAAUCUAAUUCAUCAGAGCCUGUGGGUGCUGUAAAUGAGGAAAAAGAAAGUGAAGCUGUGGAUGAUGGAGUAAGCAAGGGAAGUGAAAAUAAUGAUGAUGAGAUAAUCAAAGAGGUGAAAAAGGUGAAGAAACAGAAUUUUGUGACUCAUUGUCUUCUUUCAGCAAUGAUUGUUCUCACUGUGGCUUGGCAACUAUCAGAAGUUUCACUUGUUUGGAAAGUGAAAGAGGGAAUAAAUCAUCCAUUUAGAUCCUUUGGGAAUAUGGUUAAAGAUACAGUGAAAGAUGUGAAAGAGAGAGUCUCUGACUUCAAUGGCAAGGAUGCUGCUGAUGACAAAGAAAACAAUGAAUCUACAUCUCUUCCUAUUCCUACUUCCAUUAAGAUUCCAGAUAUGACCAGCAUGGAUGUACCAAAUAAAGGAAUGGAAUGAAACUUGGUCAUUUAAGUGGUUGAUUCAUUCACAAUUGGUUGAACUUGAAAGUGCUACAGAAAAGUGAAUUAAGGAGGGUAUUGCCUAUCAGGGAGUGUUUGUGUUAAUAGAUAUUGGUUGGUUUUUUUUGUAGCAUUUGUUUAUGAAAUCUAUAAUCUAUUUUGUUUAAGGUGUAGAUGUUAGCACAAGAAAGACAUACAUGUAAUAGUUUUUUUUUCCUGGAUGAACAGUAAGGGGCAAAGCAUCUAUAAAGGUGUAAUAGACUAAUAGUUUUGUCACUAGCCAAAACUAAGAUUGAUGAUAGGUUUAUAAGGGAUUAUUUAAA